AUGACCAAUGAGAAUGCUGAGCUUAUCGAGGUGGAGGACACCAAGCUGUUUGUCUCUCAUCGUUUUGCAAAAAAACUGAUUGCGGCCAAGAUUGCCUUCAAGCUACAUGUCAUCGUGGGCCCCACAGACACAGACAGUGUGACGGGCGUGAUACUGAAGAAGGCGCAGGAUGUGGAUGCACAGGCCAUUGUGAUGGCGCGCCACAGCAAGGGCAAGCUGAGGGAGAUGUGGGUGGGCAGCGUGACCAAGGCGGUCGUCCAUCGGAGCAGCAUCCCGGUGGCCGUGGUGCCGCAUGCCCUGUAA